UUUUAGUUUGGUUAUUUUCCCUAUGGUGGCGGUAACGCCAUUUCUACUACCCUCUGAAUGCGACGUGGCAACACUGAUGCCCGGUCCCUAUAUUUCCCUAUAUUCCUCUCUGUCCAUGAACCGGACCUAAAUGUAUAUUCUAAUCGGUGCUAAUUGUCGAUUUUACUUUAUAAAGGUCUAACUGUCUGACUUUUUAACUUAAAUUCAUAUUAAUUAGAACGAUGCGUUUGACGGAUAUUUUGUUGAGAACAAGGCCUCAUGGAUAUCUAUAUCGAGGGAAAUAUCGCAUUGUUAAGAAGGUAACGCUACUUGAUCUCCUGAGGCUACGUUUCGACUACGAAAGGCAAGAGAGAAACAUGCUCCUUCUGCGCCAUCCAUAUCUUACAUCAUCUCAAUCAUAUGGUCAUAUGUCUGACAUUAGGCCCAAAAUCAAUGUUAUGGAUUUCUAUUAUGCAUACAGGAACAACAAAUAUAAUAAGCAAAUCACCAUUGCAGAGCGAUUGAAUCAUGUAAAGACUAAGGAAAACUGGGACUAAGAUCGUUGUAAUAUAAGAACUUGUAAUUUAUGUAGCGAUCAAGCAAAUAUAAUCAGUUAUAGGUA